AUGCAGUUGCAGCGCCGCACGGCCGUCGGAUGCGGCCCGUGCCCUGCCGCGGCGCACGACCGUCAGGCGGUCAGGAAACACUUACGCCGGUGGUCACACAACAUGGUGCUCAUCAUCGGGUUGGAAAGGAUCGCUGAAGAGUUAAUGGGAAGAAGAAAAUGGCACCAGUAUCAAGACAUUUUGGCGAAAAAUUAUUUACUGGAAGAGGAAUUGAUGGACCGGAGAGAAUGGGUUCCCGUCAAAACGUGUAAUUCGUGUGAUGUGAACACAGACCUGAGCGUAGCGGAUCACUCACCUGCAGAACUGGAGCCAUCGUCUGAAACGGGAAGCUUGAGCGGCGGCAGUCGCAGCGCAGAGAGUCCGGAACCGGAACCAGGCAGGCGGUCGUCUUGCACACCGCCCCCGGCGGCAUCAGAGCCGUGUCGCGUCGAUGACCGGUCCCCGCCACCACCGCCACUACUGUUGCUGCCCAACCCCACGGCCGCCGCCGCCGCCGCAAUGGCCGCGGUCGCCUCUCUGAACAACUCGUCGUCGUCAUCGUCCACGACGACGAUGACACCGGCGGGCGGGCCACCAUCGCCCAGCGCGCUGGACGCCGCGGCCGCCGGCUUGCCGAAAUGGCUGUUGGCCGCCGCCACGCUCAGGCUGCAAGAGACCACGGCCGCCGCUGCAGCGGCAGCAGCAGCGGCCACGGCUGCAACCUCGGCGGUCACCAGCAGCAGGUCGCCACCCGCCCACCGUCACCAUCAACAGCAACAACACCAGUCGCUCGAUCAACCGCUCGAUCUCAGCGCCAAGAGCAACAACAACAACAACAACGUCAGCGGUCCGGGAGCCAACGCUUCGUCAUCGCCCGCGUCGUCCACACCGUCGUGCCCGAGCUUAGCGUCUACGCCGUCGUCGUCCGAGCUGAAAAACGCGUCCGCCACCAUCGCCACCAACCCGUUCACGUCAGAUCUCAUCGCCACGGACAUGGUUAACCAGCUGCGCGACCUGUUACCGGGUACGUCCACGUUCCUCCACCAACCGCUCAAUGUGCCCAUGCUCACCACCAACAACAGGAACAUUUUCAAAUCAAAGACGGUGAAACAGCCCAGUCACAUGGCCGGCCGAAAGACUUACACGGAGGACGAGUUGCAAAAGGCGCUUCGGGAUAUCCAGAGUGGCAAGUUGGGCACGAGACGUGCGGCCGUCAUAUACGGCAUACCCAGGUCGACGUUGCGGAACAAGGUGUACAAGUUGGCGCACGAACGGGACAGUAACGGUGGCGGCGGCGUAGGAGUAGGCGUCAUCAGGGAUCCGUCGACGGGCGGAGACGACCCUUCCAAUGGACCGGCCACCGAGCUAUUGCCGUUGCUGACCGAGGAUGACGACGACGAGGACAGGGACACGGCAUCCGUGGGCGAAGAAGAGUGCUCAAGCAGAGCGGCUGCGGCGGCGGCGGCAGCAGCAGCAGCAGCAGCAGCAGCCGCAGCAGCGGACAGCAAGGACCGCCACCACGUGCCACAGCCACACCAUCAACAACCACCGCAACACCGCAGCCAGCAGCCCAGGACAGCGUCGCCUUACAUGACCGUCGAAGACUUGUUGCGGAUCACGGCGGAACAACAGCAGCAGGCGGCCGCGGCGUUGCCAAAUGCAGAGACGCUUCGACUGUUCUUGCAACAUUACGCCAACAACAAACUGCUGCAGAACAGGCCGGAACCGCAUUAUCGUAGCCGCGACGUAUCUAUGACUGACGGCCGAUCGCCUUCGCCACCAUCCACCUCCGCCGGCCCCAGGUUUCCGCCCAUGACAGCGGACUUAUGGCCGGCAGCCGCAGCUGCUGCGGCCGCGGCCGCGGCCUUGGACCCGCAACACAUGGGAACCUAUCUAUCGCAGUUGCUGUCUUCAUCGGUGGCAACAGGGUCACCUUCAGCUGUACUAGGAUCGCCACGCUUGUUGCCGCCACACGACAGUCCACCACCGCCACCACCGCCACCGCCACCGCAGCAGCAACAGCAGCAAAUGUCUGCGGCCCACCACCAGCAUGAAUUAUUCCUAAAAGAUUUCACCGUCAAGGACUUGAUGCGCAAAAUACUGGACGAAGAGCAACAACAGCAGAUGCAGCACUUGCAGCAUCAGUUCAGCAACAAGUUGGCAGACCCGAGACGGUGGUCGUCGAACGGCUGCAGUUCAUCUGAACCGAUGGACACGGGCCGCAGCAACGACGAUGACUCAAACCCGUCCAACGUCAUCCUUAGAAUACCAUCGUACAAGCCGAUUCCCGGUGGUAAGGGUAGCGAUUACGAGUUGGUGACGUGCACCAGGGACAUCCGGUCCCCGGGCCGAGCCAACAGUGUACGGAGUGACACGUCUUCACCACCAUCGUCAUCCGGUGGUGGUGUUGGCAACAAACAUCCGGUCAACCUGAGAGACGCGAUCGCCAAGAGCAUCACACAGAGGUUCCAGUCUACGUCCGAUCAGUCGAUCCCACCACCCAUACCAGCCGUCGAGUCGUUUGCCCGGGCCUAUCAACAGUACCAGCAGCAACACCACCAUCACCAACAACAACAACAACAACACCAUCACCACCUUCAGCAGCAGCAUGGCAUACCCACCUCGUUCGGUACUGGUAACCCCGUCAUCAGGAACCACAACAACAAUAAUUUGCAGCAGGACGACUGUCGGAAACGGGUACCGACGCCCACCAACAAAACAUCGUCGGUCGUAACGCCAUCGUCCACCGUCGCUGGGUUCCACACCGGCGGCUCGUCGUCGUCAUCGUCCAACUCAGCGUCGGCUGCAGCAGCGGCUGCUGCGGCUGCGGCUGCGGCGGCGGCCGGUGGCAAGGGCACCAGACCCAAGCGGGGCAAGUACCGAAACUACGACAGGGACAGCCUGGUGGAAGCCGUGCGGGCGGUGCAACGCGGUGAGAUGAGCGUGCACCGGGCCGGUUCUUAUUACGGCGUACCGCAUUCUACGCUCGAGUACAAGGUCAAGGAGAGACAUCUUAUGCGACCCAGGAAACGUGAGCCCAAGAACCCUCCGGCCUCAUCCUCCGCGUCCACGUCGGUGGCCGCUGAACAUCACCCGGACCGAAAAAAGUCGUCGUCCGACCUGUCGUCUUCGUCGUCGGUCGUCCGGCCAGCCGACAAGACGACUACCACCUCGUCGUCCUCUUCGUCAGCCACGCCGCCGGCCAUCAAACUGCCUGCGCACGUCCAGUUUCCGUCGCAACAACAACUGUCGCCGCUACAGACGUCCAACGGGCUCAAGAUGUUUGACGCCGCGGGACCUGUGGGCCCGUAUCAGCCGUCGUUCCCGUUCUGGGCCCCCAGCCCGUUCCACGUGCCCAUGGAGUUCCAGAGGAAUCCGGUGGCGUUUGGGCCAAUGUCGAUGAUGCAACGGAUCCAGGCCGAGUCACGGCUACACCACCACCAGGCCGCGGCCGCUGCUGCAGCGUCCAUCGCAAGCCUGGGCAAGAACGCUCGCGAGGUGGCCGAAAACCUGUACGACGGAACGGAUAACGGCAGCUUCCUGGACGGCAUCAUCAGGUCCAGCUUGGAGACGGGGCUUAAAUCGGCGGCUGCCAUGGCGGCCGUCCAAGCGGCGGCCAAGAGCGCCACGAAGGGAGGAGGGGGAGAAGGCAGCGGCGGUGACGACGACUGCAGUCGGGACGGUUCACAGCGAGCAGCCGGUGCCGAGAACGACGGUGACCACCACAUGGAAGACCUAGCGGCCACUCCACCGUCGUGCCAGGACUCGGCCGCGGACAGCGAUGAUGAGAAGCCGCGGACCGAGUCACCGGACGGACAGGAACAUCGUCACGACGAUUCCGAGCACGAAACAAAUGCUGAUCGGGCGUCCACCGCUUCGCCCGAACACGCGACAGAAACGGAAAACGACGACGAUGACAACGACGCGGUCGUCUGA